CGCUUUUCUUUUAAUAAUUUUAUAUACUAUUUAACUUUUUUUCUAAAGUACUUUUUAUUUUUUAAUUACUCUACUUGUGCGCUAUUAGUUUCUGGCCAGUAUUUAGCUUUAAAAGAAAUUUACUUCCUAUUUAAAACUAUAUUCCCAAAUAACUUAACUUAUUAA